GAUGAUUGAUGACAUCAACAAAUUUGGCAACACAUAACAAAAAAGCUGUGUAUAUGGAUCUACCACAAUCAGACAACUAAUCUUUUCCUCUUUGGUUUUUUUCUCUUCUCAAUCCCUAAUUCAAUCUUUUAUACUUGCUAUUAUCUGUGAACACAGCAUCAUCAUCAUGAAAUUUGUAGACUAUUCCGCUUAUAAAAGUUAUGAUUUGAAUUUUAUGUAUAAAUCAUAAAAAAUGAGUUGUCUAUUCCGUUCAUAGAAGCUAUGUCGAGUGGGUGGGGUGUAAUUUGUUAACACACCAUCAUCAAAUUCAUCAUCCAACCUUACCCAAAACUAAGAGAUACUCUUAAUUUAUUUCUCAAAUCUUUUUCGUAUCAGCAUCAUCCUGAUUUCCUUCCUUGUUUUCAUUCUAGACCGCCGCCAAAAUCCUCCAUUUUUGUUCAUAGUUAGCUUUUUGUAUUCUGUGCUGUUAUAUUUCAAGUUUCAAGAUAAACCCAUUUCUUAAAAUUGGUCAGAUUUUCUGGGUCAUUUUUCAAUCAGUCGGUUGUUCAUUACAAUUGUGUUUUCCUCUUGUACUGGGUUUUUGAAGCCUUUGAUUUUUUUGUAUGAAAAUUCAGUUUUUAAUCCCCCUUUUUUUCUGGGUUUUUGAGUAUUUAAACUUAUCUGAACUGGGUUUUUGUUUUGGAGCUUGAUUUGAUCAAUAAUUUAUCUUGGGUGUUCUGGGUUUAUAAAGGCUUUGCAGUUUUUGUAUCUGGGUUUGUUCAUUUGUUGACUAAGGUCAUUCAGGACUCAGAAGUAGUUGGAUUGCAAGUUUGAUGAGUUUAAUGUUAUAAUUUAAGUCAUUAUCAGCUGAUUACUUGCCCAAUUAAACUAGGUGCAUAUGGACAAAAACAUUGAAGACUCCAUUUGCGGAAAAGCAAAUACUUGUUGUCUUCUUCAUAGAUUCCUUCUUCUUUUGGGUGUUUUAGAAAGUAAUUUUUGAAGUAAUUUCAAUGGAAUACUCAUUUCCACAUAAGGAAAAGGGAAAUAGUUUUUGGGCUUGUACUAGUUCUCAAUCAUCUGAUAUCCCUAUGGGGGUUGAUAAUGAAGCUAUAAAUUCAACAGAUGAUCAAUUUGUAAACAUGUCUGAGAUGAUGAGUUUAGAUGGUUAUGAUUCAUGGUGCAAUAAUCCUUCUUCGAACGAGCAAUUAUUCGCAUCUUAUAUGUAUUCAUCUCUUCCAUCCAUCCCUCCAAAUUAUACUUCUUAUGAUUCACAACUUUCUUCUUUUCCCACUAGUGAUAAUGGGUGCACUACUCUGAAUUUGUAUGGAAGUCCUCUUAGUUAUACUGAUAAAAUCAUUUUCUCACAUAAAGAUUCCCAACUUAGUCCUCUUGUGGGUUCUUUAGACAAUAGCGACUCUUGUUCGAAACAAGAAAAUAGGUCUGCACUGUCACAAAAUAGAGUUCCUAGGCCUUUUGGACAUUCACUACCUGAGAAGUUGCUCCAUGCUUUAUCGCUUUUUAAGGAGUCAUCUGGGGGAGGGAUUUUGGCUCAAGUAUGGGCUCCUGUAAGAUCCGAAGAUCAUUACAUGUUGAGCACGUGCGAGCAGCCAUACUUGCUUGAUCAAAUGUUGGUGGGUUAUCGGGAAGUAUCAAGGUCAUAUACUUUCUCCAUUGAGCAGAAACCGGAUUCCUUUCCGGGGCUUCCUGGGCGUGUGUUUAUCUCUAAGAUGCCGGAAUGGACUUCAAAUGUUAGCUAUUAUAAUGCAGCUGAAUACUUAAGAGUUCAACACGCUGUUAAUCAUGAAGUUCGUGGAUCAGUUGCAUUACCGGUUUUUACUCCAGAAGGGUCAUGUUGUGCUGUUUUGGAGCUUGUCACUGUAAGAGAAAAAUCUAACUUUGAUUUAGAAAUGGAGUCGGUUUGCCGAGCUCUAGAGGCAGUAGAUUUGAGAACAACUAAACCUCCUCGACUUCUUUUUCAGCAUCUUUCGAUGAACCAAAAGACUGCCUUGGCGGAGAUAACGGAUGUGUUACGAGCUGUAUGCCAUGCACAUAGAUUGCCAUUGGCACUUACAUGGAUCCCUUGUACUUUUGAAGAGGAAGACGGUCACCAGAUAUUUCAGAUACAAGUUAAAGACAAUAGCUUUAAUUUGAACAAGAAAUCGGUAUUGUGCAUUGAAGAGAGUGCUUGCUAUGUGAACGAUAAAGAUAUGCAAGAAUUUGUCCAUGCAUGUGCUGAACAUUUUCUUGAAGAAGGGCAAGGUGUUGCCGGAAAAGCUCUCCAAUCGAAUCUUCCGUUCUUCUUCCCCGAUGUGAAAAGUUACCAUAUUAGUGAAUAUCCGCUCGUUCAGCAUGCUAGGAAGUUUGGACUAAAUGCUGCUGUUGCAAUUAGGCUUAGGAGCACAUAUACAGGAGUUGAUGAUUAUAUAUUAGAGUUUUUUCUGCCUCUAAAUAUUACCGGAAACAAGGAGCAGCAACUAUUGUUGGAUAGCCUAGCCGGUACUAUGCAAAGACUUUGUAGGAGUUUGAGGACGGUUUCGGAAGCAGAAUUGCUUGGUUCUUCAGAUUCUAAAGGUGAACUUUUUGGAGUAUCCCAAAGCUUUUUUACGAAGGAUCUACCAUUGACGAGUUCCUCGGACUCGUUUACAAUGGAUAUACAAUUGGCUAUGGAUCGAUCCAGCAACAGAAAUUGUUCUUCCAAAGAAGAUGGCCCUUUUGAGCAGGCUAGUGGUUCAAGUAGGUCAAUGGAGAAGAAGCGAAGCACAGCAGAGAAAACUGUAAGCCUCAGUGUUCUGCAGCAAUAUUUUUCUGGGAGUCUCAAGGAUGCUGCAAAAAGUAUUGGUGUUUGCCCUACGACGUUGAAGAGGAUAUGCAGACAACAUGGCAUCUCAAGAUGGCCUUCACGGAAGAUAAACAAGGUGAACCGCUCACUGAGAAAAAUCCAAACCGUUCUUGAUUCUGUCGAGGGAGUAGAAGGAGGAUUGCAGUUUGAUCCCACAACAGGAGAGGUUGUGCCUGCAAGGUUUGUCGUUCGGGAUCCCGAUGCUCAUAAAACGCUGUUCAUGUCCAGCAAAUGCAUAGCAGCUAAAAAGUGUGAAACAUCUGAUGUCAAAGUACGGAAUGAUUCCUAUACAAGUGGAAAUCAGGCGGUGCAAGGUCUAACCGUGUUUGAUUCUGAGAAUCGGAAACAAGUGGAGAAAAAAUUGAGCAAUAGCGUUGAAGAGAUGCAGAAAUCGGAUUUCAAUAUGGGAUUACGUAAUGAUCGCAACCAAUAUCGUCAUUUAGUUUCUCAAACCCCUGGUUGCAGGGCUGGCCAAAGUGAGAUGGAAAAUGACGAUGGAUUGAUCGAGCACAACCAAGCGGCUUCAUCAAGUAUGACAGACUCGUCGAAUGCCUCUGCUUCUAUGUCUAGCUCGCCUAACAGUAACGAUAAGCAGAGGCAACCCAAGGAUAGAAUGAACAAUGAAAGUAGCGGAUCACGAAUCACGAUCAAAGCAACGUAUAAAGAAGAUACUAUUCGAUUCAAGUUUGAACCGUCUGCCGGAUGCCUUCACCUCUGUGAAGAAGUGGCAACACGGUUUAAGAUUCAGCGCGGUACCUUUCAGCUCAAGUACCUAGACGAUGAAGAAGAAUGGGUUAUGUUAGUAAGUGACUCGGAUUUACAGGAGUGUCUUGAAAUAAUGGAGUAUAUGGGGAAAAACAGUUUAAAAUUUCUCGUUUGUGAUUUGGCUUUCAGUAUGGGUAGUUCAGCCGGUAGCAAUGGCUUUUUGCCCGGAAGUUGCUAGGUAUGGCUCAGAAGUUAGGAGAUCGGUUUGAAAACAGUCUAAAUCUCUCGUUCGUGAUUUGGCUUUUGGUAUGGGUAGUUCAGUGGGUAGCAAUGGUUUUUUGCUCGGAAGUUAGGAGAUUGGUUUAGGAAAGACGUAAAUCUGGUGGCUGUAAAUGUGAAACAAAACUAGAAAAAUUUGAGGGAAAGAGACGAAAGUCGAAAGUUGAAAGUCGAAAAGUAUAGGUGUGUACAGUAGAUAUAGGAGCUCAUGCUAGAUGGGUAGUGAUGCAAAGAAUGGCUUUCCCUUACCCUGGUUGUAUUAGCAAGACUUGUUAGUUUUAUGCAUUGUAUAGUCAGUUUUGUUUUAUGUACUAUAAUGAGUAAAAUCAGAAAUCAAGUUUUGGAGAUUUUGAUCCUUC